AGUCUCGAAGCGGCAGCACACAGCUCGGAGAAUAAAUUUUCGGAAUAAAAAAAUACUUUGUACAAGUUUAAAAAAUAGCUCACCCAAACCCAUUUGACAAAAUCCAAAGCAUAAAGCAGUGAAUAGUGCCAUUUAUCAAAAUUUACCACAAAACAACAAGUUUUGGAAUUCCAUGCUGUUUCGCUACGCCCAUUCUCUUCGGACUUCGGACUUUGCAAUAAAUUGAAAGGAUCCCUUUUUCACAUCAGGGUUGCUUUGGAAAAUAUAACGGCAGUUUUCGGCAAUUCGUGCCAACAUAAAUAAAAUCAAAUCAAUUCGCGGCGAUCUGGCAUCUCUGUCUGCAGGGCUACUCCGAUAAACCGACGUUCAUUGCGCGCGAAAACAGUCAAUCGCUUCUCAAUCGCCGAGAUUUGUUAUUUUCGGCUGCUGUUGCUGUUUUAGUUGAGGGAUUGGCCACCGGAAACGCAGCCAUGGUGCUAACCUGCAAGCUGUGCCGCAGCAGCGAGCAGGACGAGCUGAUCUUCGGCACUGUGCACGUGGUUGGCAAGAUGAUGGUGCACCGCAACUGCUUGUACCUCAGCUCGAAUCUUAUCCAGCGCGGCGACAGGAACUUGGACAUCAUGAACUUCCGCAAGGAGGACAUCGAAGCGGAGGCCGAGCGCUGCCGUUCGCUUAAGUGCUGCUAUUGCCGCCGCUUGGGCGCCAAUAUUAUGUGCUGCAAAUCGGGAUGCCGUCGCACCUUCCAUACCAAGUGCGGCGCCGAUAAUCUGGCCCAGAACCAGUUCUGCGACACGUACAAGUCGUUCUGCCAUCAGCAUGUGCUGGUGCAUCGCCGCCGUCCGCUGUACAAGAAGGACGAGGAAUGUCUCAUAUGCGCGGAGGACCUGAUUGCCAAGGGCGAGCGCUUCAGCGUGGUGAGCUGCCUAUUCGCGCCGUGCUGCCGCAAUGGAUGGUUCCACCGCAGAUGCCUGCAGCGCUACGCCAACUCGUCCGGCUACUUCUUCAAGUGCCCGCUGUGCAACAACAUUGACGUGUUCCGCAGGGUUGUAUAUAUGGGCAUCGCCGUGCUGAACCAAGACGCCUCCUGGGAGACUGAGCCGGGCGCCUUUGCUGAGCAGUUCCGCCGCGAUCUCACUUGCACGGCCACGAUUUGCGAUGCGGUGUCUGGUCGCACCGACAUUGCCGCCAUGAUGGUGUAUUGCACCGCAUGUGGCGCCAAUCCGUCGCACUACUUUUGCACGCUGAAGACCUACGAUACCUACGUCUGCAAGGUUUGCUCAGCCGUCACCCCGGAGGCAGUGCCCAUUCCCGAAGUGGACUCGGAUGACGCCGACUCAAUUGACGAGAACAGCUCUCAUCAAGCCGUCGCCCACCGUUCAUGGCACGAAAAUGGUGAUGAGAUUCCAGAGAAGCUAUCACCCUCCUGUUGCCAAGAUUGCGGCUCCUCCGACGAUGAUGCCGUCUUUCAACGCGCGCUCGAUACCCAGUCGCAUGGUCGCGUGCAGACCCUCUCCGAUGAUCAACCAUCUACUUCUGCGGCUGCACGCGCUUUAGCCAGUCGUGAAACUCGCACAUUUGAAUCACAGGGAACGCAAACAACAACAGUGCUCUCACGUGCAAUGACCUCGUUCGCAGAGUCGUUUCGCCCUACUACUGCAACUGGGACAUCCACAUCUACAUCCACAUCUACAUCCACAUCGACAUUUGAUAACCAGGAAAACACUGCGCCGUCCACAUCGACUAGGCGUCGUAUCUUGCGUCCUAGAUACACCAUGCCAGUUAGAAUCGCCGAGUCGGAUAGCGAUGACAGCGAUGAACAUGAGUCAAAAAGGCACCAACCUUCGCCCACUUCCGCUGCACCGUCGAAUCGCAGGCGUCUAUUGGGCUCCAUCUCGCCGGAGGCGAGCACUUAUGCUUCACGUGCCUCACGUCGCCGCACUUUCGCCAACGCGCGUCCCACGUACGCCAACAUGGAUACAUCCUGUGUGGCCAAUAGGACCCGCAAUCGCUUGGCCGGCCACAUGGCCACCCGCAGGGAGUAGGAGAACAGAUGGCAUUACGAUUGAUCACACUCGCACAAAUCCAUGUACACAGCAAGAUCAAUAUGGAUUUACUCUGAGUGGGCAGGAUACCUAGAGGGACUAGGAGUUAUCCUGUUCCACUUCCACACUUCCACAUUCAAUUUACACAGUAUCAAUAUGAAUGUAUCCUGAGUUGCCAGGAUACCUGCAGGGACUAGGAGCACAGCAGACAUCACGACACAUAACACUCGCACAUUCCAUGUACACAUCAGUAUAUCGAUAUUGAUGUCUUCUGUGCGGCCAGUUUACCUGCAGGGACUAGGAGCACAGCAGACAUCACGACACAUAACACUCGCACAUUCCAUGUACACAUCAGUAUAUCGAUAUUGAUGUCUUCUGUGCGGCCAGUUUACCUGCAGGGACUAGGAGCACAGCAGACAUCACGACACAUAACACUCGCACAUUCCAUGUACACAUCAGUAUAUCGAUAUUGAUGUCUUCUGUGCGGCCAGUUUACCUGCAGGGACUAGGAGCACAGCAGACAUAACGACACAUAACACUCGCACAUUCCAUGUAAACAUCAGUAUAUCGAUAUUGAUGUCUUCUGUGCGGCCAGUUUACCUGCAGGGAUAAGAACGGAUGACACUACGACAGAUCACACUAGAGCACAGCGCAUGUACACAUCAGUAUCAAUAUGAAUGUAUCCUGAGUGGGCAGGAUACCUGCGCAAGGACUAGGAGAACAGAUGACACAAACAUAACACUCGCACAUUCCAUGAACCAUCGCAUCACAUCGACUAGGCUGUGGACCAAAUUCGUGCGUUUGGUUCGCACCUACUAUUCUCAUUGUAGCUUUAAUUUUCAGCCUUUUGUACAUACAGAAUCCCAUUAAAUUCCUGUUCUCCUAGCGGCAUUCGCUAAUAAGAUGCAUUUACUAAUUAUUUGUUUCGUAAGUAAGCUAAGUAAGUGCUCCUUUGCACAUGUAUAUAUAACUUGUUUAUAUGUUUUUACUUUAAGUAGUUGUACACAUUAUUUUCCCUCAUCUGACACUCUUUUUCAGCAACUCGCAGUGCCUAUACAGCAUUUCAAGUAUUCUAAGCAUUACAUUUGUGUGACUAGCGAUCUAAGAAUCCCUGACCAGUGUCUGAAAGCUUUCAUAAUACACCUGAGGACCACCGAG